CUCUGGCUUUUUAUUGUCUCCCUCUGGAAGCCCAUCACAUGAUUGAUUGCUAUAUAUAAAUACACUAUUUCCCUAAACCUAAUCCGAAGGAUCCUUCUAUAUAUAGACGCGUAUUGUUAUUUGCUUGAGGAAAAGGAGCAGAAAAAGAUCAAAUUUUUAAUUAGGAUCGAAGAGGGCGCUUACCAUUUCGAUCGAAUUGGGGACGAUGCCUCCCCGCUCGGAGCCGGUGGAGAUGGCGGCGGCAACGGCGGUGGAAGGGGAGGAGGAGAGUGUGCCGCGGCGACGAUCGGUGGAAGCGGAAGGGGACCAGUUGAUCCCAGGAUUGCCCGAUGAGGUGGCGGAGCAGUGCCUCCUCCACUUGCCCUUCCCCUACCAACCUCUGGCCCGGUCCGUCUCCUCCGCCUGGAAUCGCGCCCUCUCAAGCCCCACCUUCCUCCGCAGCAAGGCAGAGGCAGCCGCCGAGCGGUCGCUUCCCUACUUGUUCGUCUUCGCCUUCGAUCGGGCUACCCUCCGGCUGCAGUGGCAGGCCCUCGACCCGCGCACCCGCCGCUGGUUUGUGCUCCCGCCGAUGCCACUCCCGGCGGGGGGAGACGGCCCGCUCUGCCCCCCGGCGUUCGCCUGCGCCGUCCUCCCCUGCCGCGGCGAGCUCUACGUCCUCGGCGGGAUGCGGUCGGAUACCCAGUUCCCGCUGCAGACCACGCUCGCCUACCGCGCCGCUACGAACUCCUGGUGCGCCGCCGCGCCGAUGCCCACCCCGCGGUGCUUCUUCUCGGCGUGCGCGAUCGGGGGCCGGAUCUUCGCGGCAGGGGGCGGCGACGGCGGGAUCUCGGCGGUGGAGUGCUACGAUCCCGCGGCAGAUAAGUGGGCCCCGGCCGCCGGGAUGCGGCGCGGGAUGGCGCGGUACGACGCCGCGGUGGUGGGCCGGCGGAUGUACCUCACCGAGGGCUGGACCUGGCCGUUCGACUCCUCGCCUCGGGGCGGCGUCUACGACGCCGAUCGGGACGCGUGGGAGGAGAUGCGGGUGGGGAUGCGGGAGGGUUGGACGGGGUCGAGCGCGGUCGCCGGCGGCCGGCUCUACGUCGUCUCCGAGUGCGGCGACGGGCGAGUGAAGGCGUACGACGAGGGGACCGACCGGUGGCGACCGGUGUCGGGUAGCGGAGUCCCUGGCGACGUGAGGCGGCCGUACGCAGUGAUCGGGGGCGCCGGAGGCGCGGCACACGAAGGGGGGAGGAGAACGAUCUACGUGGUGGGGAGUGGCCUGCACGUCGGCGUUGGGACGUUAGCAGACGUGACCACCGCCGGCGCGACUGAGGAGACCGUGGAGUGGGAGGUGGUCAAGGGGCCGCCGGCGUUCGCAGAUCUCGCGCCUUGUAACGCCGUCGUGCUCUUUGCUUAAUAAACGUUACGAUAACCAAUAUAAAAACCGGUUUAUUCUGGGUAUCGAAACGACACAUCCCUGUAACAUCUGAUAUCUUCUUUUCUUUUCCCUUUUCUUUAUUUCCUUCAAUAUAUAUUUGAGAAGAAGAAUAAUCACAAUAAUAUACUUCUCCUUGUAUUCUUGUACUAAUUCAUUAAAAUAAUAAAGAUAAAUAUAUUUUAAUAUUA